AGCCCCUAAACCCCCCCACCCCCAACCCCACUCUACCCCAAACUUCACGCUGUUAGUCAUCUGCUUGUAAAUAUAUAGAGGAGAUAUUUGUUGAUCUUUUUCAAAUCUCACAUUAUCGGAGAAUAUAAAAUGGAACAGAGCUCCCGGAAGGAGAGACCGUCGUCGUCGUCGGAGAGUUGCGCUAAUGAGUUGACCCGGUUGAAUUCUGGUGCGUCGUCUUUGAGUGUUGCGGAUUCCAAAGAUACUUUGCUGCAGGGUGGAAAUGCUACCAAGGACAAGUACACAGGAUGGACAAAUGCAAAGCACAAUGCAUUUCUGGACUGUCUUGAAGCUUCAUUUGUUAAGCAGUUACACAGAUCCAUGGCAUUGCGUGCUGGAUCUGUGGAAAUGAACCUCAGCUGUAGAAAUUUAUCAGAAGAGUUAUCUGCACAUGUCAACAAAGCUUCAAAGCAGUUACCUUUUCUGCGUCAUGGCUCUUGGAAGAAGAUCAACACUGUGAGGCAGCCACCUGUUGUGUAUAUCGCAGCUGAUUCUCAUGAUUGCUUAAAAUAUCUACGCGGUGAUGGGCAUCAUCAGGUUCUGGAUAGCCAAUUUUGUAGUGAACUCCUUUGCAAGGGGAAACGAACAAGAGAUGAGAGGUCUUCUUCAUCUUGUGAAUACAAAGCAAGAUCACAUUUAAUCCCUUCCAAUCCGGGAGAAUUUCAGAAAACAGUUUGUAGAGUUACUGAAGGUUCAGGUCAGAAUUUCUUGGAUGAAGAUUCAGACGAGAACUCGAGAUGCAAAAAGAUGAAGACAGCUUCGGUGGAUACUACAGACCAAGAGCAAGUCGUUCCAACAAGGAAUACGAGAGUUCAGGAGCUGCUAGUUCCAUGUUCCAGAGAAAUAACCAAGUAAAUCUUGGAAAUUCUUCACCAAACAAUGACGGGAGCUAGUUCUAUGUUCCAGAGUAGUGACAAAGUAAAUCUCAAAACUAAUCAGAAGACUAUGGCAAAUGUAAGACUUUUG